AUGGCAUUCAAUUGUGGCAUCACUGACAUAGCAGCUGCUGUGCGUGUUGCAUUCAUUAUCUACGAGUAUGGGUUCAAUGCAGAUAACGCAGCCGAUGUCCGGUGGCGGGCAUUCCAGAAUGAUGUCCGCAAUUUCGGAACACUUCUGCAGCGGCUUGAGCAGUCCAUGCAAGAUGCGCAAAGUCGCUACAUCGACGCUGGGAUCCAAGCACGAGCCAGGGAAGCUUACGAUCCCUCGGCUUCUGCGCUGAUCAAUGAGCGUGAUGCAUUGAUCGGAAACUUCAACGAUACCUUGGAAGCUUGCGAUACGCUACUGCAGGAGCACAUUCAGUUCAGAGAUCGUCAUGCGAAUGCCUUCGAAAGUAUCUUGUGGCAUGUCAAGCAGCAGGAGUCAAAAAUGGACAGACUGCGACGACGCAUUGAUUUUCACUGCGAGAAAAUAAGGCUCGUGAUCGACAGACUGUCCAUUGAUCUGUUGACUCGGGUGGACAUCAGGCUCAACGAGUUGAUUGGCACCACGGAUGAGAUCCUGACGAUAACGCAAGACAGCAACGAUGAGAUCCGACGUUUGCGGCAGUUCCUUGUGGGAGAGAGCAAUCUAUCCAACGGUCAUGUUGUCGCCGACGUACAUUAUGCCACUGAAGCAAUCUCCGAACGCUUCGAAAACUCAUUCCGGACCAUUAAUUCAAGCGGCUACUCCGACGAGAUGCUCCUCCAGCUCUCGUUUGACGCACUGCACACAGCAUUCGAUCUGUUUAUGCUGGCUCGUAACAGAGACCCGCAUAAGUAUUUGCUACUCCUCAAGUCUCGGUGGCUCAUCAGCCGAAUGCGAAGUAGCGAGGUGUACAUGAGAUCUGUUUUCUACAGACAUGCCAUAAACCGAAUUGACCAGGGUAUAAGAAUGAGAAUUCGCUACGGGCAAGUCACAGCGUUCGGAGAGGCGGUCAUGCUCGCGCUUCCACCUGAAUGGUGUGAGAUCUGGCCAGCAUCGGAUCCGGUAGAGUCGAUCGCUGCGACCGUUCCUCCUGAGCCCAAUCCACUCACGCCGCGUGCCAACGAGGAAGGUGUCGUCAGGAUAGAACUCGCGACCGAUGCCGGCUCGCCAGCGUCUUUCGUGACGGUCUACAAACAUUCCGAUGAGAAUUUUCGCAUCGUGAAAGAUGCUUGGACCAGCACAGGUCAGCAAGUCCUCGCACCUCAGCAAGUGUAUACACGCGAAGAUACCCUCAUCCCUCGAUAUGCGUUGCCGACCUUGCCAUUGACCGCGCCCGAGAUUUCGAUCUUUUGCCGCAAUGAGAUCACCGACUUUCUCUUCGCGAACGAGGCAGACUUAUGGAGAUUCCAAGGGGCCCUUACGGGCCAUGAUGUUGCCCACCACGAGAACAAUGUGCUAUGCCAAUUCGGCCCAAGCAUGGAUUCCUUUGUUUGUCAAGGAAAAGCUCAACUAUGGCAGGACCCCAUUGUAUUGGAGAGCGAACCCGAUAUGCCAAGCUCUCCGAUACCUACAUCGCCUGAUGGCACUAGCGAUCACGGCGCGUCCGCCUCCAGAUCCCGACGGCCGAGCUUUGCGCCAUCUAUCGCUCGAACCAAUACUAUCACAACCACACCAGAAGGCUGGAUAGCUGACAGUAUCAAGUUGUCCGCACUUGUGCUACUGACACAGCUCGAACACGGAAGGCACAGGAAUUGCUUCGCUGUCAUCUACAUAGAAUUGGUUGAGGGCAUCCAUAUCGACCGGAAUGCUUGUCGUUGCAAAGACGAUUAUAGCCAGUGCUCAAAAUUAGUCCUCUCUGGGGUCGGAAGAGGCCAGCGCCAGGUCCCUGUCAGGAUCACUGUUUCUGAUCUUGACGCGCAAGGAAACCCGAAUCCCAAUACUUUCGACAUAUUACCGUUUAGACGUCCGCGACGUCCUGACUACAAGGCAAUAAAAGUCAGGCAGACAGAACACGUGGUGCUCAAGUUCGCCGAUCUCAGUGCGAAAGUCGCUUUCGAUAAGGCACUAGAGUUCCGCCUCGCCUUACGCGACAGGCAGAGAAACAACGCGAAUCUGGCUACCAAUGCCUUCAUUCAUAGGUCCAACAGGCCUCUCCGGAGGGAAGAAUACAUAUCACAAAAUCUUUCGAGGAGAGCAUCAACAGCUAGUACAACAACUUCAGGGGCACGGCCGAGUCUUCAGCCUCCAGCUUUACCAUCACAUCGAGAAGCACGAGAGGACGAUCCAGACCAGCCGAGGAUCAAUGACGCGACGAGAAGCUCCGCCGCUCCUGCUCAGCCAAUACCGGUCCCAGCGAGGGCUGAUGUGUUUGCCCUGGCUUCCAGAGGCAGAGGCUCGGGCCAGACAUCCGGCUCUACGCAGUCACCGUCAAGCUCACUCAAUAGCAGUUCUCGCGACGUCGUCAGGUCGGCGGCAAGUGCGACGCCCAUACCGCAGGCCCUUGACAAGCAACCAACAACAACCACAACAACCAACAACUCCCACCCAUCACUACUACAACCACCACCAAACCAAUUCAACCUCAUCACCAAACCACCAAACACAAACACAAUGGCUGCCUACAAGUCCGUCAACGUCGCCUCUACCCCCACCAGCCAGCGCGCCUCGGUCUCCUCCGCAUCUGAGGGCCAGCAAGCACAGAAGGCCACCAAGGCCCAGAAGGCGCUCAAGGCCUACCGCAAGUUCGGUGAGAUCAUGAUGGGGCCGACUUACCGGGUCUCUUAUGCUUCAUAA